UGGAGAAGUCUCCACUCUCCCACUCCCACCCGGGUAAUCCACUAAUCCUACUCCAAAAUCGGUUCGUCUCUUAUCCGGGUAAUCCUAUUCCAAAAUCGGGUUCUUGCCGGUCUAAAAGAAAGAUCGGUGAUUGGGGUUUAUUUAUGUUUAAUAAUCCUCCCUGUUCCACGGGGUCAUUUAGUUUUUCCCCAAGGAAAUCUUCUCUAAUCUUCGCUCCUGCAGGAUUAACGCAAAAUUUCGAACUUUUCCCGAGUGACUAUAUUCUUCUCACGUCCUUCGCGAUUUCUUCGCUUUCCUCCGAGGUGUGGUUGCUGAGUCAAGUUUUAUUGGAGACGUUGUGGAGCAUAUAAGGCUUUAAUUUUUGGGUGAAAUUACAAAUACUUUGUUUUGAAUUACUUGGGAGAAUCUAUGGGGGAGUCAGAGGAUGUAAAAUUGAAGUCACGGAAGGAAGAAUCUGAGGCAAAGGAGUUGUCGAAACGUAGUCGUGGACGUGAGCAUGAGAAGGAAAGAGAUAGACAUGGGGAAAAGGAGAGGAGGAGAGACAGGGAGAAAGAAAGGGAUAGGGAUAGUAAGCGUUCAGAGAGAGAAAGGAGUUUUGAUGAUAAGCAUAGGGAUAAGGAUAGAGAAAAGCACAAGGAUAAACAUCGGGAGAGGGACAAGGAGCGGAAAAGAGAUCGAGAUGACAAGGAUGGGGACAAAGAAGAUAGAGAGAGGGAGAAAGAAAGGGAGAAGGCAAAGGUUAGAGAGCGAGAGGAAAGGGAGAGUGAGCGGGAGAGGGAGAGGGAGAGAGAACGAGCAAGAGAAAGGGAGAGGGAGAGAGAACGGAGAGAGAGAGAGAGGGAAAGAGAAAGGGAAAGAGAAAGAGAGCGUGAGAGGAGAGAGCGUGAACGUGAAAGAGCGAGGGAAGAACGAGAAAAGGAGAGGAAGCGCCGUGAAGCUGAAAGUGAUGACAGUGGCGAAGAGAGGAAAGACAGAGACAGGAAACGGAGGAGAAGAGAUAAUGACUACAGGGAGAAAGACCGUGAACGGAGUAAAUCAAGAGAUCGAGAAAGGAGCAGGGUGCACAGGCAUAGGGAAGACAGUGUUGACAGCCAGAAGAAAAAGUGUGAUGAUGAGCCUGAUAAAGACCUAGAGAAAAUGGACACAAAGGAACAAGACAUGGAGGAGGAACAGAGAAGACUGGAUGAUGAGAUGGAAAAGCGAAGGAGGAGAGUUCAGGAAUGGCAAGAACUGAAAAGGAAAAAGGAAGAAGAGGAAAGACAGCAGCUGGGGGAGGCUAAUGUUGAAGAACCUAAGGCAGGUAAGAAUUGGACGCUGGAAGGUGAAUCUGAUGAUGAAGAAGCUGGUUCAGAAGGAAAAUCAGAUGCAGAAAUGGAUGUGGAUGGAGUUUCUAAGCCGUCUGCUGAAGCUGGAGACACCAUGGAUGUUGAUUCUAAGAAUGGGAAUGCUUUGCCCAGUGGGGUUGCGGCUGCUGAUGCAGAAGAGGAUGAAAUUGAUCCUCUGGAUGCUUUUAUGAACUCAAUGGUCUUACCUGAAGUCGAGAAGCUAAAUAGUGUCAUGCUUGUUGCAGAGAAUGCUGACUCAAAUGGCAAGGAUAAAAAGUUUGAACAAAGCAACGGUCAUUCGUCUAAGAAAAUAACAAAGAAUUCUAUUGGACGGAUAAUUCCAGAUGAAGAUUCAGACUCUGAUUAUGGGGAUCAAGAAGAAGACGGUGAUAAGUUAGAGGAUGAAGAUGAUGACGAGUUUAUGAAAAGAGUGAAGAAGACUAAAGCGGAGAAAUUAGCUAUAGUUGAUCAUUCAAAGAUUGAUUAUAUUGACUUCAGAAAGAACUUCUAUAGGGAAGUCAAGGAGAUUGAGAGGAUGACUCUUGAGGAAGUUACUGUUUACAGAAAGGAGCUGGAGCUUAAGGUUCAUGGAAAAGAUGUGCCAAAACCAAUCCUAACCUGGCACCAAACUGGGUUAUCUACAAAAAUAUUAGAAGUAAUCAGAAAGCUGAACUUUGAGAAGCCAAUGCCAAUCCAAACCCAGGCUUUACCUGUAAUUAUGAGUGGUCGAGAUUGCAUCGGUAUUGCAAAAACUGGCUCAGGAAAGACCUUGGCAUUUGUAUUGCCUAUGUUGAGGCACAUAAAGGACCAGCCACCUUUAGUGUCAGGAGAUGGUCCAAUAGGUCUUAUAAUGGCUCCUACUAGAGAACUGGUCCAGCAAAUCCACAAUGACAUUAAGAAGUUUGCUAAAGUUGUGAAUUUGACCUGUGUUCCAGUAUAUGGUGGCUCUGGCGUUGCACAACAAAUAGGUGAUCUGAAGAAGGGAGCAGAGAUUGUUGUUUGCACCCCUGGUAGAAUGAUAGAUAUACUUUGCACAAGCAGUGGAAAAAUUACUAAUCUUAGAAGAGUCACUUUUUUGGUCAUGGAUGAAGCUGACAGGAUGUUUGAUAUGGGUUUUGAACCCCAAAUAACAAGAAUAGUCCAGAAUAUAAGACCAGAUAGACAAACUGUGCUGUUCUCUGCCACCUUUCCUCGUCAGGUGGAGGUUUUGGCAAAGAAAGUCUUGAAUAAACCGGUGGAAAUCCAAGUUGGUGGGAGGAGUGUCGUCAACCGGGACAUAACUCAGAUGGUUGAAGUGAGACCUGAAAGUGAAAGGUUCCUUAGAUUAUUGGAAAUACUUGGGGAGUGGUAUGAAAAGGGAAAAAUUCUGAUCUUUGUCCAUUCACAAGAAAAGUGUGAUGCCUUAUUCCGGGAUUUACUCAAGAGUGGUUAUCCGUGCCUUUCUCUUCAUGGGGGUAAGGAUCAGGGGGAUCGUGAGUCUACCCUAGCCGAUUUUAAGAGUAACGUAUGCAACUUGUUGAUUGCUACCAGUAUUGCUGCUAGGGGUCUAGAUGUAAAAGAUCUUGAGCUAGUAGUUAAUUUUGAUGUCCCUAAUCAUUACGAAGACUAUGUUCAUCGUGUUGGGCGGACAGGUCGUGCUGGCCGCAAGGGACAUGCUAUUACCUUUAUCUCGGAAGAAGAGGCAAGAUAUGCUCCUGAUCUUCUCAAAGCUUUGGAACUGUCAGAGCAACCUGUGCCACAGGACCUGAAGGCACUUGCUGAUGGGUUCAUGGCAAAGGUUAAACAAGGACUCGAGCAAACCCAUGGAACUGGUUUUGGUGGAAGUGGGUUCAAGUUUGAUGAACAGGAGGAUGAAGCACGGAAAGCUGCAAAGAAAGCACAGGCCAAGGAGUAUGGUUUUGAGUAUGGUAAGUCAGACUCAGAUGAUGAUGAUGAUGAAGUCCGGAAGAAGACAGAUGUUACUUUAUCGACCCCUGUUCUUGUUGGGCAAGUAUUACCAGAUACCCAAGGGCCAAGCGCACUUUUGUCUAUGAAUUCAGCUGAAAAUCCGGCAAGGCAAGCUGCUCUUGCAGCGGCAAUGAAGCUGCAACAAAAUUUACUGAAGCUCCAGCAAAAUGCAUUGCCUGAACAUUAUGAGGCUGAGCUUGAGAUCAAUGACUUCCCACAGAAUGCUCGUUGGAAAGUUACCCACAAAGAGACUUUGGGUCCAAUCUCGGAAUGGACUGGAGCAGCAAUUACAACUAGGGGACAGUAUUACCCUUCUGGAAAGAAUCCAGGUCCUGGUGAACGUAAACUUUAUCUGUACAUUGAGGGAACUUCAGAAAAUUCAGUGAAGAGAGCUAAAGCAGAACUGAAGCGUGUUUUGGAGGAUAUUACUGCUCAAGCCAUAUCUCUUCCGGGUGGUACACAACCAGGCAGGUAUUCUAUUCUCUGAUAACCAGAGUCCUACUUGUACUGGCCCUCGUAGUAAAUUGGUCCAUCUUGAGAUCGGAAUAUCUAUUAGAUGCUGCUGGUGUACCCCUCUUUUGCUUCAAUAUGCUGUGCUGAUGUUUUGCUUAAUUUUGUAACUCUUAAUUUUAGUUCCCAUCUCUUCAAUCUUCUUAUUUUGACGAGUGAGACUUUUCACAACAUAUGAUGAUUUAUGACUGUCCUUCAUCUUAUCAUUUGAUGUUGGUUUGUGACAAGUGAAAAUUCACACAAAUGUGUGUCAGAUAAGGUGCUUGGGUAUUUGUAUGUAUAGAUGGAUCUGCCCUUUUUUUCUUCUUUUAUGCAGUUUUGUAAACUUUUGAUGUGUUGACUAACUUGACCAAGUAGUUUGGCAUUUGAGUACAUUUGCUUUAA